AUGACUGGUUUAGAGUCAUUGGAUCUGAGUUUCAACAGUUUGUCUGGAGAGAUUCCAUCUGAACUGGUAUCAGUAAGCAAUCUUGGGCGUUUAAACCUAUCUUACAACAACUUGAGCGGCAGAAUCCCUGAAGACGCACACUUCCAAACUUUAAGCACAGACGGUUCAGCUUAUCUCGGUAACAAAUUUUUGUGUGGUGUUCCUACAGAAAGGCUUUGUGAGGGUGAUCUUAUCGUUCCUACAAGUAGUAUAACCAAUGCUUACAUGCAGGAAGAAGAUAAAGAUAGUGCAAGAGAGAAAGGUUUGCUUUAUGGUGCUGUUACGCUGGGUGUUGGAGUAGGGUUCGGAGGUCUGUUCCUAGUUUUGCUUUGUAGAAAAGAAAAAUGGUGGUCUGGCUACUGGAGAGUUGUAGAUACUACUGCAGAGAGAAUAACAGAUGGUAUAUGGAAAAAAUAA